GUUAGAAAAACCAAGUAUGGCAAUGGACUUGAGGCAAGUAGUGGCAGCUAUUCUCACCAUGUCUAUGUUUUUAAUGUUUGGAAAUAUGAUCAAGAAAGACCACAUUGAUCCACUUCUUGUAAUGUCUUUGGACAUCCAGCAGGGUAUGUUGAAAGUUUCAAAGCAUAGCCUUGUUAAACUUGCUGGCUCAAGUGGCCCAUGGAAGGAAGACGAUGAAGCUAUGAGACCUUGCUGGAAAAAGCUAUAUAAAAUGAAAAAGGGAGAGCAAACAAAUGGCUAUAUAUCCCUUUCACUCACUAAAGGUCCUGAAUAUCAUGCUUUGCAGAUUGCCAAUGCAAUUAUGAUAGCCAAGCAUCUUGGAGCAACACUUGUUCUUCCAGACAUAAAAGGUGCCAAAGUGAGCGAGAAGAGGAUAUUUGGAGAAAUUUAUGACCCUCAGAAGUUUACAACAAGCUUAGAUGGUGUCGUCCAAGUAGUUAAGGACCCUAUUAAUCAACAAGUAGGAGAAAAGGUCAUUAUUGUGAAGGUUCCUGAAAGGGUUACGGAAAAAUUCAUUAGUGCACACAUUGAACCUAUACUUAAGAAGAAAAAACAAGUGAGACUCACAAGUCAAUAUCAAUCUUCAAACUUGACAAAGGCAAAAGAAAUUGGUGAUUACUUGAACCCUUAUGGAUGCGUGGCAAUGUUUGGAAGUCUAGAUCUACAGCCACAAUUAAAGGAAUUGGUGGACUCAAUGGUUAGAACACUACGAUUCUUAAGUUGGAAAUCCUCUGCAGGCAAGUUUAUCACUGUGGACGUGAAGGUUGAGGAAUUCAAAAAUAAGUUAAGUUGCCAAAGAAAUGAUACUACAAGUAAAGAAUAUUGUUAUGGUGCUGAAGAGAUUGGUCAAUUCUUGGAGAAGAUUGGUUUUCGAAAAGGCACAACUGUCUAUUUAACUCAAACUGAAUGGCAUGAAAGUCUCCAACCAUUGAGAAAAUAUUUCCCAAAUACCUUUACCAAGGAUGCAGUAAUGCCUAUUGAUCUCAAGGCAAGAUACCUUGAUUCGGGAAAUUUUGAGUAUGAAAAGUUCAUCGACUUCUACCUUUGCAUGCAUAGUGAUGUUUUUGUAGCCACAACUAUGAAUAUGUUCUACAAUAAUGUUGCCGAGAUGAGGAUUGCCUCAGGAAAGACACAGAUUCUUAUUCCUGCUAAAAAAUUGUCAACCUCAGCAGCCGAUUAUCUUUCCCCUCAUAUAUUGAAAAAAAAUCAUAUGGCGUAUUCAUGCUUAUGCAAAAUCUAGGAAGCAAGUUAUUUCAAA